AUGUACGACACCUCCGAGCUGUCGGAAGAACGACGCUCUGAACUCUUAGACGCUCUCAAGAGGACAAGUAUCGACUCAAUUGACACAACGGUCCACGAGCAAUACUAUGAGUGUUUUAAACCCAUUUUUGAAGAUAUUAGCGUGGAGGUUGACAUUCAUGCAUUGUUCCGCAUCCUUAUUGCGGUGUCUCCUUCAGUUGAGCUUUUGUCUAUCAACAUAGAAGGCUAUCGGCCGUCUAUCUUUUUCCCAAUCUACUUUCCUCGGCUGUCAGAGCUAGUACUGCAGGGCCCCUACUACGCCUAUGACUGCCCUAGCCCGCCCGGCAUGCUGAAGAGCUUACGACGCCUACGGUUGUCCGAUGUCUGCACAUCGAACAAUGAUCCAACUCUGGCCGCUAUCGCUCGAGCGGCCCCCAACCUCACACAUUUACGUUUUGACCACUCCAACCCCUACUCGAGUACAGUUUGCUCCGAGUUAACGAAGGCACUACAGAGGCCAUGCGACGGCGUUGAUCUUCAUAGACCAGAGUUCAGGACGCUGCCGGCAUCCCUGCAAAGAUUCCUCAUUCACCCUGGUGAGCCGCCUCCCCGUGGGAUAUGUGGUACAUCAUUCCAACAUCGUUUUCCAUCCAUCACGAAACUGCGAAGCUUGGCCACCGGGGAACCGAGGGUGUUUCUCUUCAAGGAGUAUUCUCGUGAAACGACGUUCACCCCUUUCCAGCAUGAGGAGAGUUUUCAAGAAUGGUGCGAAAGGAUGAGUGGUGGGUUGGCCUAUUGGAAUGAGGUUAAUGGCGAACAGGCGCUGACAGUUGCAGUUUAUCCAUCGUUGGUAUCUAACCCUCCUGAGUGA